AUGUCUAAGAAAAAACACUGCAAAACAAUAACAGCGAAAAACAAAAUAAUAGUUAACAUAAUAUUGUCGUAUCAGCACUCGGCAUGUCCUGUCGAAGAUGGUCGGUCUCCGGGCGAGCUGCUGCAAGGAAGGCGGCUGCGCACACCCGUGCCGGACUUCGAUCCCCUUCCUGCGAUACGGGUCAAGAAACACCGACAGACAGGCCACAACGAGCGGGUGCUGCCCCGCCUUAAAAACGACGACGUGGUACGCCUGAAUGGAGCGUCAUGGGCGCGGAAAGCCAAGGUAGUUGGAUCAGCCGGGCCGCGGUCCUUUUACGUGCGUACGGAGAAUAAUACCGUACUUCGGCGCAACCGUCGACACCUUUUAGCGACGAAGGAAGAAUGCGAGGUCGACUUGUCAGACGACGAAGAUUCGGACAACGACCGGGCCUCAUCACACGGAAUGACAUCCACAGCGCCAACCAUCACGACGGCUCUACAAACGGCAACUACGACGACUCUACAAGCGGCAGCGCAGCAGCCAACGGUUCAGCCACCGCGAAGGACAACACGACAGAAGCGGCCUCCGGAGCGAUUUCGUUAUGACGAGCGCUUCCAGCAAACGAGCCAGAGGUGUUGA